GAGGAAAGAAUUUAACUGCGCAAAAAAGUUCUGCGUGCUGACGGAUGUCCAAAGUCCAGAAGUGUUUCGAUGCGGUGCUUCACGGACACGCGGAGAUGUUGGACUGUUUGACGCGCUGCUGCUGCUGAGGUGAACUUUUUCCUUGACUUUAAAUUAAAGAAAAGUGAGCCGUGAGGAGGGAGAAGCUGAGCUCUGGAUUUGUUUUUUUUCAUUCUCACCGGAUCGAAGUGAAGAAAUGCAGGCUCGCUACUCCGUCUCCAGUCCGAACUCUCUGGGUGUUGUGCCGUACAUCAGCGGCGACCCGAGCUACUACCGGGCCGCUGCCGGUGGCGGCUACACGGGGAUGCCCGCACCUAUGAACAUGUACUCGCACGCGGCUCACGACCAGUAUCCCGCGAGCAUGGCCCGUGCUUACGGACCGUACACCCCCCAGCCCCAGCCCAAGGACAUGGUCAAACCCCCGUACAGCUACAUCGCGCUCAUCACCAUGGCCAUCCAGAACUCUCCGGACAAGAAGGUGACCCUGAAUGGGAUUUACCAGUUCAUCAUGGAAAGGUUCCCGUUCUACCGCGACAACAAGCAGGGCUGGCAGAACAGCAUCCGACACAACCUCUCCCUCAACGAGUGCUUCGUCAAAGUACCGCGCGACGACAAAAAACCCGGCAAAGGCAGCUACUGGACCCUUGAUCCGGACUCUUACAACAUGUUCGAGAACGGGAGCUUCUUGAGAAGGAGGCGACGCUUCAAAAAGAAAGACGCGCUGAAGGAGAAGGAGGAGCGGCUGCAGAAAGAUGCUGUGCCCAGCAGGCAGCCGGGCCGGGAGCAGCAGGAGCAGCCGGUGCAGGGCUCCCAGCCGGUCCGCAUCCAGGAUAUUAAGACUGAGAACGGGGCUGUGACGCCCCCGCAGGCCGACUCGCCUUCUUUGAGCGCCGUGCCCAAAAUCGAGAGCCCGGACAGCAGCAGCAUGUCCAGCGGGAGCCCUCACAGCAUCCCCUCCGCCGGGAGGUCCAUCGGCAUGGAGAGCGCCGAGCACCACCAUCACCACCACCACCACCAGCAUCACCAGCAGCAGCAGCAGCAGCAGCAUCACCACCAGGGUCAGGCCACGACGCAGGGCUUCAGCGUGGAUAACAUCAUGACCUCACUCCGGGGGUCUCCUCAGGGGGGCACCGAGCUGGUCCCCAGCCUGGUGGCCUCCACUCGGACAGCUAUAACUCCGUCUUUGUCCUUAAACUACUCCCCAAACCAGACGUCGGUCUACAGCUCACCGUGCAACCAAACCUCCACUACCUCCAACGCCACCUACCAUUGCAACAUGCAAGCCAUGAGCUUGUACGCCGGGGACCGAACCUCCAGCCACCUGGCACCGAGCACCACCGUGGAUGAAACGUUGCCAGAUUACUCCGUCACCACCACCUCCUCCUCCUCCUCCGCCUCUCUGAGCCACGCCAACCUAAACUCUGGGCAGGACGGCCAUCACGCGCACCAAGGGAGGUUGACCUCAUGGUACCUCAACCAGGCCGGGGACCUGGGCCACCUGGGCGCCGCCUACCCAGCGCAGCAGCAGAACUUCCAUUCGGUGCGAGAGAUGUUCGAAUCCCAACGAAUCGGCUUGAACAAUUCCCCGGUGAACGGGAAUACCAGCUGUCAGAUGUCCUUCCCGCCCAGUCAGUCCAUCUACCGGGCUUCGGGAGCUUUCGUGUAUGACUGCAGCAAGUUCUGACCCACGA